CUCGCCUCUCGCUGCGGUCUCACAACAAAACAAAAGGCCCGAAAACCUACGACUUAUGUUAAAAAACGAUAGUUCGCCGAAGCCACAAUGACGGAGAACACCAAAACGCAUGUCAUCUUGCUGUCAUGUGGAAGUUUCAACCCCAUCACGAAGGGACACAUUCAUAUGUUCGAAAAGGCCAGAGAGUAUCUGCACAAGACUGGACGAUUCAUUGUGAUUGGAGGAAUCGUCUCUCCUGUACAUGAUUCCUAUGGAAAACCGGGCCUUGUCCCAAGCAGACAUCGUCUCACCAUGUGCCAGCUGGCAGUUCAGUCUUCUGAUUGGAUCAGAGUGGAUCCUUGGGAGUGCUACCAGGACACUUGGCAGACCACCUGCAGUGUUUUGGAGCAUCACCGAGACCUAAUGAAGAGAGUGACGGGAUGCAUUCUGUCUAAUGUGAACACACCCUCUACCACCCCUGUGAUUGGCCAACCCCAAAACGAGACAUCUGCAAUUUACCAAAACACAGUUAACAAGUCUGUGGCCAUUAAAUUUUGGGGAAAGAUGAGCGAGAGCUUGGGUAAAAUUUGCUGCGUUCGGCCACACAUGGAUCGUUUCACCUUUGUUGAUGAAAAUGCCAACCUUGGUACUGCAAUGCGCUACGAGGAAAUCGAGUUGCGUAUCCUGCUCCUCUGUGGCAGUGAUCUCCUGGAGUCUUUCUGCAUCCCCGGCUUGUGGAACGAAAGUGAUAUGGAGGUGAUUGUUGGAGAUUUCGGGAUAGUUGUGGUGCCUCGAGAUGGAGCAGACACAGAACGGAUAAUGAACCAUUCCUCUGUGCUCAGAAAGCAUAAGGAUAAUAUAAUUGUGGUAAAAGAUGAAAUCGACCACACGAUGUCAAUCGUCAGUUCCACCAAGAGCAGACUGGCUCUUCAGCACGGUGACGGCCAUGUGGUGGAUUACCUGAGCCAGCCUGUCAUCGACUACAUCCUGCAAAGUCAGCUCUACAUCAACGCUUCAGGAUAGGGUGGUGAAAUCCACUUCCGAACCGUCCGUCUUUCCGUCAUCCCUGUCUGUCUGUCUGUCAGUCUCUCAGUGUGUAAUCUAGAGUAUAAUCCUCCUGUGCAAGCACUGCUUUCCCAUGUAGAGGAGCAUUAACCUGUCCUGGUGUCUCAUUGGGAUGUACAGCACUGUGCCUGAAGGAUCUGCUCCACCAAACAGCUUUAAAAGGACUGGGUGGAAGAGGAAACUCGCUGCCACCGUGACAGAAGUGUGAAUGGAUUAGAAUGAACCCAUUGCCUGCUCUAAUGUCGGCCUUUGCUGUUGAUUUGAUCUUCUCUGUUCUUGUAAUUGCAUGCCUAAAGGUUUUCUUUCAGCGCAUGAGUGUUUAAACGACCACGUAGACCGUAGUCUGUGGAUACAGUGUUUGCGAACAAAAAAAAACAACAACUGUGCUUAGACUCAUCUCAUCUAUGAAUGCAUUUUCUACUCAUCGAUCCACUGUACAGUAUGUACAGAGAAUGUCAGGUCUCAUAUACUGUGUUGAUGCCUCGAUGUUUUGUCUUCAAUGUGCAUUCAUGUAUACGUGGAGUAUUUGGUUGCACAUUAAAGAAUGUGGUUUCAUUUA